CCAGAGCUUGCUCGACUUCCGCAUCGCAUAUUUAGCCGUCUCCCCCUCGCUUUCUUCCUCCUCCACACGCUGAAACCACCUCACAUCGCGACACCCACCACGAUGACGACAAGCGAAGACUCCUACUUAAUCCUCGGCGCCGGCAUCUUCGGCGUCUCAACCGCGUACCACCUAUUACAGUCCCACCCCACCGCCUCAAUAACACUAAUCGACCGCGACGCCUUCGACGCGGACUCCCGCGUCGCCGCAUCUUGGGACUGGAACAAGGUCGUGCGCGCCGACUACGCCGACAUCACAUACUGCCGGCUUGCCCUGGAAGCACAAGACAUCUUCAACAACGACCCGCUCUGGCAGCCGUAUUUCCACGAGACGGGCGUUUACUGGGUGUGUCGGGACGAGUAUGCGCAGGAUGUUGUGGGGAAUUAUAAGAAGUUGGGGCGCAAGGCGGAGAUUGCUGCGCAUCCGUUGGACGAGGCAAAGAGGAUGUAUGGGGGGUUGUUUGAGCAGGCGGAUUAUACGGAUGCCAGGGAGGUGCUGGUUAAUCGGACGAGUGGAUGGGCGGCGGCGGGGGAUUGUUUGAGGGCUGUUACGCGGUGGAUUAUUGAGAGGGGGGUCAAGUAUGUACAGGCCGAUGUGGAGAGGUUGGCCUUUGAUGGGGAGGGGAGCUGUGUUGGGGUGAGGACAAAGACUGGGGAGGAGAUUCGGGGGUCGAAAGUGAUUCUUUCGACGGGCGCGUUUACGGCCAAGUUGCUCGAGGUUUCUGCGGCUGCAACGGGUAAGGAGCAUCUGCGCGCUGGGCCGCGGAUUGUUGCUGGUGGGAUUGCGACGGGGAUGGUUACGCUUGAUGAGACGUCGUACGAGAAGUUUGCUAAGAUGCCAGUGGGAUUCCAGGGUUAUUCCGCAGACAAGGGACCAUUCCUCGGCACCCUUCCCCCAACCCCAGAGAAGCAGCUCAAAUGGUGGGGUCGCACAAUCUUCAGCAAUACCCAAGAAGUCCUCCCCGGUCGCUUUGUCUCUGCACCACCGACAGACCAGGACUACGCACAGUGGAAGGUCUCCAAGAAACUGGAAGACGAUGUCCGCUACUCCGCUCGUAUGUUCUACGGCGCGCCAACGGCAACAUGGAAGUUUGAGAAGUUGCGAAUCUGCUGGGAUGCAUUCACACCGACCGGCGACUUCAUCAUCUCUCCCCAUUCCGGCGCGAAGGGGCUAUACGUCGCCACAUGCGGCUCGUUCCACGGCUUCAAGUUCUUCCCCGUGGUUGGAAAGUAUGUUGUACAAAUGCUAGAUGGAACGUUAGAUGCGGAUCUCAAGCACAAGUGGGCCUGGGACCGGACGGCCGAGCAGCUGGACUCGACGGUCAACCCGGAGUUUCCGCGGUCGGAGAUGAGUGAUAUGUUGGAUGCGGCGCCUAUGGCGAAGUUGUAG